AUGGCCAAGGCUGCGAAGUUGAUAGAGGCGCAGAGGGACCGACCGCCUGAACCGAUCUCGCGGGAGAGGAUCCGACCGCGCCCCAGGCCGUUGGGGGAAAAAGACUUAGGCAGCUUUGAGCCGCGGCCGCCGCCUGUAGACCCUGUAAAAGAAAAGGCCAGAAAGGGGGUGGAGCCUCUGAAAAAGAAGAAGAAGAAGAAGAGGAGUGCCCCAGAGGAAGCUGCAGAGGAGUCUGGGGCCAAGAGGGCGAAGGUGGCCCCAACGGAGGUGGAGGUCCCUGUGGCAAAGGACGCCCUAGAGGUGGUGGAGAUCAUCCCAACGGUGGAGGUUGUGGAGAUUGCUCCACCAGUGCAAGUGGACGCUGGGGUGAGUGAGGCGGCGCCGAGCGGAGGGGAACAGGUCCAGAAGAGGCCUGACUCCCAGGAAGGAGGGGUGCGUCUGGCGACGGCGAUUUAUCAUGCGCGCGCGGUGGCUGGAAGGUUGGAGGGAGAAAAAGGCCCAGCCAGGGCGGGGGCAGACCGCCUGGUGAAGAUUAUGGAGGAGGGAGCUCUGCGCACAGUAUCUGGGUAUAAUGAGACCGACCUGCUGAGGGGGUUAUGCUCCGCCCAAAUGGAGCUAACUACCUUGGCCGGGGCCCUUCUUAGGAAGGCUGGGGCUGCCAAGUUGAAGGCUGAGGAGGCCAGGGCCCAAAUUGGAGAUCUGUUGAAAGAGUUGGGGGAGGAGCGUGCCAGAGCAGAAGAGGAGAAGGGGAGGCUUCUGAGGGAGUGGGAGGUGGAGAGGGCGAAGGCGGCGGCGGAGCUGGAGAGUCUGAGGAAGGGGGUGGAGGAGAAGAGGGCGAUGGUGGCUACUGAAAGGGGGGCCCUGCAAAGGGAGCUGGACGAGGAGAGGGCGAAGGCGGCGUCUGAAAAGGCGGCCUACCCUGAUCUAUGCGUCGCAGCAGUGGAGCAAUAUAAAGGGUCCCCCGAAUUUCAAAUGGUGGUGGAUGCUGCUGUCGCCAGGAGUCUGGCUGGUCAAGAGUCUGGGGGGGUGGGCCCAUCAAGGAAGACUGCUGGAGGUAGGAUAGAGGCAGAGGUGAUUGAAAGGUUCCAGUAG